UUGAAGGAAGAAAGCAGAAGUUGCUGGACGAGGCGGUGUCGGUAGACUUGGAAAUUACAGAAAUAAAGAAGCUAACAGCAAAAGUUACGCAGACUCCUUUAAAAGUCCUCAGGAAAGAAAAAAAUAAACAGGAUAUUGAAGAUAUUGAAGAAGAAGCAGAGCCUCCUUUGCUCCCCCUGGCAAAGAAAGCAAAACACGAUAGCCAGGGUGCUCCAGAGCUAGAAGCUGAGAACGUUAACCGAAGAACUGCAAAGGUGAAGGCAUCCACUAAAAAAGCUCCGGUGUCCAGGAGCAGAAGAGCUCCUUCAGCAAGAGUGAAGCGCGUGAGUAAAAGAUCAAGCAAAAACAACUUUGUCACUCCAGCUACUGGCAGGAUUGUUGAUCUCUGUGCUCGAGGAGGUACCUCCAUGGUCACACCUAGAUUUGAUUCCAGAGUUUUCAAGACACCAGGUUUGCGCACGCCCGCCGUAAAUGAACGUGUUUACACCAUCUCUGCCAACGGCAGCCCCCUUGCUGAUGGCAACGAUAUCUUCAUUACAGUCCCUGUUGGAGGAGGGGAGAGCAUUCGUUUAACAGCAAGUGAUCUGACCAAGAAGAAUCUUCUUCAUCUGAAUCCAGAGGCCCAAGGAAUUGUGAAGAAGCUAUCAGUAAGUCUCUGUAUUUUUGUCAGUCAGGAAGCUGUAAGGUUCGUCUCGCACAAGCUUGUAGCGGUGCAACAACCCACAGAUGAAACUCAAUGA